AUGGGCAUCAAAGGUCUUUUGCCGCUCCUCAAAUCAAUCCAAAAGCAUUCAACCCUUAAGCAAUUCAAAGGGCAAACCAUUGGAGUUGACGCCUAUGGAUGGCUUCAUCGAGGUGUGGUUGGUUGCGCCUUUGCGCUGGCACUCGGCAAACCAACCACCAUCCACAUUGAUUUUGUCCUGAGCCGAGUACGCAUGCUUAUGGACUUUGGAGUCGUUCCUUAUCUGGUUUUCGAUGGAGACAAUAUCCCCAGCAAAAAGGGCACAAACGCCGAACGACACAAAAGAAGGGAGGAAAGCAAGGCACGAGGCAUGGAACUACAUAAGGCUGGGAGGACUACACAGUCGUACCAGGAGUUCCAAAAAGCUGUUGAUGUGACCCCUUCAAUGGCGCGUCAAUUGAUUGACGAGUUGAAAAAGCUCAAUGUUCAAUAUGUUGUUGCUCCCUACGAGGCUGAUGCCCAGCUUGUCUAUCUUGAGCAAAAGGGAAUCAUUGAUGGCAUUCUCUCCGAAGACUCGGACUUACUCGUUUUUGGAGCGAAGCGUUUACUUACCAAAUUGAACCAGUACGGCGAGCUUAUCGAGUUUCAGAGAAAAGAUUUCUCGAUUUGUAAGGAAAUUAGUUUCGCAGGAUGGACCGACACCAUGUUUCGACAAAUGGCCAUUCUCAGUGGUUGCGAUUACCUAACAAACAUUGAGAGAUUGGGUCUGAAGACAGCACAUGCAUAUAUUCGCAAACACAAAGAAGUGGAGAAGAUCAUCAGAAUGAUUCAAUUCGAGGGAAAGCUUGUGGUUCCGGACAAAUACUUGGAGCAGUUCAGAAACGCAGAACUGACCUUUCUACAUCAUCGCGUCUUCUGCCCUUUGCAACAAAAAUUGGUGUUCCUGAAUGAACUUGGACCAGGCGUUGUGGAGUGCGACCUACCAUUUCUGGGUCCGGAUGUUGAUGCUGAUACAGCUGUUGGAGUCGCAUGUGGUGACAUCGAUCCUUUCUCGAAACAACGCCUUCACUCGGUCGCAAGAAAGGAGUCUGGGAGAGCAGCUCUUGCCGAAACCAGGGGGCAAUCAUAUACUUCUGAUCCCGGGUUAAAGGCAGGAAAAUCGAUCGAAAACUUCUUCAAGCCAUACCGGCAGCCCCUUGCAGAACUCGACCCUAACAGCCUCACCCCAUCUCCGUCGCAACAACGCCUAUUACAGCGUAGUCAAAAUGCUACCUGGGAGCCAAGACUGGUCUCGUCAGCACCUGCUCUGCGUCGAACUCUCACAACGUCGACGCAGACGUCCAAUUCUCAGGGGACGGAUCGAUCUGUGUUCCUCAUGAGAGCGUCGACCAUGUCAACAUACAAGCCUCCAAAAAGACAACGAUUAUGCUCAGAUUCAAGCGAACUAUCAGCCAACUCCGAGGUGCAGCAAAGUCGCUUCUUCUCCUCCAAGGUUGUAGAGGCAAGUCCCUUGGCACAAAAGGUUACUGCUCGCAGGAAGACUCGCAAAUCUGGCUUUGAUGUUUUCUCGGAUGAUUCUAUUGAUGAUAUGCUACUCCUGGAAGCUGAGAAGCACCAACUUACAGAUAGCGAGAAGACGUAUACGCAAGAUCAGAUAUGUGAUGUGUCCACACCAAAUGCAGACAAAACUCGCACGAGUGAGGAACUAGAGACUGUACCUCAAUCCCAACCGCGCACGUCCUCGCGACCAGCGACCAACAAAGUACAACGAGCGGUCGGCGGCGAGCCUCAAAAAGGUGGUAGAGCACGCGAGGUGAGCCGGGAAGAAGAGCCUGGACAGUUUGAAGAUCUAUUGGAGUUUCAUGUUCGAAAGCAAAAUGACGCACUGAAUAGCACUGGUACUUCUGAGAUGCGCAGGAAGAACGUUCAGACUCCCCAAUCGACCUCAACUCGUGGGUCUCAGGGUAGAACAUUUUCGGCUCAAUCAGGCGAAGUGCAACUGGCGGCACUCAGUAGCCUGCCCAAAGCGACGAGUGUGUCGAGCUUCUGUGAAAAGUUGAAUAUACACAAGACAUUUUCAUAUCAGUCGACCACGACCCAGCAAUCAGCACUUAGGAAUUUGGGUGGACGCUGUGAGCAAUCAUCUACAACUACCAAGAAGGAAAACCGACUAGUGACCACUAUCCAGCGUAGUGUGCCACAUGAUGUAUUGGCGGUGAGUGAACAUCAAGGUGAAGCCUUACAGGCAUCGAUCGUCGUGGCAGUACCUGGUCCAGACAGACCCAAGGGAAGCGAAGAUGAAAUAAUACCCAACAGCGAAGAUGAGAGCUCACAGGUGGGAUCACCCAUCAGAUAUCCAAGACUUGACAUUGGUGCAUUUGCCUUCGGUCGUUGA